CAUGGACACCAGCCACAUGCAGCCCAUCAAGCUGGCCUGGGUCACCAAAGUGCUCGGCCGGACCGGCUCCCAAGGCCAGUGCACGCAGGUCCAAGUGGAAUGCAUGGAUGACACUAGCCGCUCCAUCAUCCGCAAUGUGAAAGGCCCCGUCCGGGAAGGAGAUGUGCUGACGCUGCUGGAAUCUGAGCGGGAGGCUCGCCGCUUGUGCUGAUCCGUCCCUUCCUGCCGUACCCCCACCCUUGUGGCCUCUGAAUCCUUGAGCGUGACCUGUCGCUGCCUUCCAGCCGAUGGCUGAGACUUUGGAUGCAAUUGAAUAAAGUGUCUAUGUCCCUUCAAAAAAAAA